GCGCACCCCGGGGUGGCCCGCAGCAGGCUGAGCUCAAGAUCUCCCUGCCCCACAGCCCUGCUCCGCCCACCGAGUCCUAUGGCGGCGGCCGCGCCCAGGGACCCGGCUCAGGGUAUGGAUUUUGAGGACGUGGCCAUUGACUUCUCCCAGGAGGAAUGGGGGCUCCUUGAUGAAACUCAGAGACUCCUGUACUGCGAUGUGAUGCUGGAGAACUUUGCACUUGUAGCAUCGCUGGACCUUCACCAGGAACAGAGGCAUGGCAGUUGGGAGAAGCCCUGGAAAAGAGAUGUGGACAGGGCCUCGUAUGUGACAAGCUGCAACUUCUGUGUGUCAGGGCAGCCUUUCACAUGUAGGAAGGUUGGAGAGGACUUCCCAGCGACCUCGGUACAUCUUCAGCUCCAGACCAAUCCCAACAGUGAGGAGCCACACCGUGGCAACCAGAGUGGAGAGGCCUUUCACAGUGGAAAAAGUCAGUACAACGGGGGUGAAUGUGAAAAAGCUGCCAGCCACAACCAUGGACUUGAUCAACAUCAGAGUGUUUGCCACAACCAUGGACUUGAUCAACAUCAGAGUGUUUGCUCUGGAGAAGGGCUUUAUGAGUGUGGCAAAGGUGGGAAAGCCUUCAGCUCGAACUACAGCCUUGUGCAGCACCAACAAAUUCACAUUGGACAAAGGCCAUAUGAGUGUGGUGAAUGUGGGAAAUUCUUGAGCCAAAUCUCUGGCCUUAUUAAAGACUGGAGAAUUCACAGUGAUAAAGAGGCUUAUGGAUGCAGAAAUUGUGGACAAUUUCUUACCCAUAACUUCAGUUUCAUAGAACACUGGAGAAUUCACACUAGAGAAAGAACUUACGAAUGCAGUGAAUGUGGAAAAGUCUUUAUCCACAGAUCUAAACUCAUUCACCAUCAGAGACUACACACUAGAGGAAUGCAUUAUGGCUGUGGUGAAUGUGGGAAGUCUUUCAGCUACAAAUCCAACCUCAUCGAACACCAUAGAGUUCACACUAGAGAAAGGCCUUAUGAGUGUAGUGAAUGUGGGAAAUCCUUUAGACAAAGCUCUAGCCUUUUCCGACACCGGAGAGUUCACACUGGAGAAAGGCCAUAUAAUUGCAGCGAAUGUGGGAAAUCCUUUAGACAAAUCUUUAACCUCAUUCGACAUGGGAGAGUUCACACUGGAGAAGUGCCUUACAAGUGUAGUGAUUGUGGGAAAUCUUUUAGCUGCAAAUCUGAACUCAUUCAGCACCAGAGAAUUCACAGUGGAGAAAGGCCUUAUGAGUGCAGUGAAUGUGGGAAGUCCUUUAGACAGUUCUCUAACCUCAUUCGACACCGGAGUGUUCAUACUGGAGAAAGGCCUUAUGAGUGCAGUGUUUGUGGGAAAUCCUUUAGCCGUAAAUUUAUCCUUAUUCAACAUGAGAGAGUUCACACUGGAGAAAGACCUUAUGAAUGCAGUGAAUGUGGAAAAUCCUUUACCCGAAAAUCUGACCUCAUUCAACACCAGAGGAUUCAUACUGGCACAAGACCUUAUGAGUGCAGCGAAUGUGAGAAAUCUUUUAGGCAGCGCUCUGGUCUUAUUCAACACCGGAGAGUUCAUUCUGGAGAAAAGCCAUAUGAGUGUGGGGAGUGUGGGAAAUCCUUUAGCCAAAGUGCUAGCCUUAUUCAACACCAGAGAGUUCACACUGGAGAAAGGCCUUAUGAAUGCAGUGAAUGUGGGAAGACCUUUAGCCAAAGUUCUAGCCUCAUUCAACACCAGAGAGGUCACACUGGUGAAAGGCCUUAUGAGUGCAGUGAAUGUGGGAAGCCCUUUACCCACAAAUCUGACCUCAUUCAACACCAGAGAGUUCACACUGGGGAAAGACCUUAUGAAUGCAGUGAAUGUGGGAAAUCUUUUAGCCGCAAAUCUAACCUCCUUAGACACAGGAGAGUACACACUGGAGAAAACCCUUAAAUGUGAGAAAUGUUAGAAUUCUGUGUAUUAUUGAUGAGUAGCAUUCUAUUUUGUCGAUAAUGACUUUAUCCACGCAUCUGUUCUGGACAUACAGGUUAUUUCCAGGUUUGGGGUAUUUACAAAUAAAGCUGCUAUGAAUAUUUACAUUCACUUCUUUAUGUGGAUAUAUGUUUUAUUUCUCUUGUUGUAAUAACUGAAACAGAGUGGAGGUGAAUGUUUCACAUUUUAAGAAAUGGGAAACUGUGAUCUAUAAUGGUUAUUCUCUCUUGCCUUCCCACCAUUAGCACAUGAAAAGUCAAGUUCCGUGACAUCCUUGAAAUAAGUGUGUAGUGGUAAGUCACUUUGGUUUUAAUUCCAUUUCCCAAAGUGUUCAUGAUGUUGAGCAUUUGUCAUUUAUUUGCUCUGUGUUUAUCUUCCGUGAUAAAAUGUAUGCCCAUAAUCUUUGCCUAUUUUCUUUUUAUGUACUUAAGUAUUAUAUGGAACAAUUCUUUUUGAGUACUAGAAGAUUUUCAAAUUUUUGUCCUCCCAAUUGAAAGCCCACAUGCACCAGACUUAUGCGUUUAAUCUGCAUUAACAUAUUCUUUGCUAUCUUAAUAACACAUUAAAUCAAGCCUAGAUUUUAGUUUUUGGCAAUCCCUGUUAUUCUCAUGGUAAAUGUCAAAUUGCCAAGGUGAUGUCACUGAACAUGGAGUUGGUAAGAUAUUCCAGUAGCACCUCAUUAAAUUCUAUUCCCAAAGUACUGAUACAGUAGCCACAGAUAACUUUAAUAGGUAAUAAAACCAUAAAAUGACCAGUAAGUGGCAAGUUUUAAGUAUUUGUGGGUGGUUUUGUUUUUGUUCUUGUACUUGUUUUGUUUUUUAAAGAUUUAUUUGAGAGAGAAUGUGCACAAGUGGGGGGGGGGGAAGGGCAGAGGGAGAGCGAGGGGGGAAGCAGACUCCCUGCUAAGUACAGAGCCCAACAGGCUCGAUCCCACGAUCCUGAGAUCACAACCUGAACGGAAACCAAGAAUUGGAUGCUUAACUAACUGAGCCAUCCAGGCGCCCCUAAAUAUUUGUUUUGUAAAAAGUGUGUGAUUUAAAUAUGCUUGACUUAGGGGCUCCUGGGUGGCUCAGUCGUUAAGCAUCUGCCUUCAGCUCAGGUCAUGAUCCCAGGUCCUGGGAUCAAGCCCUGCAUUGGGCUCCCUGCUCAGCAGGAAGCCUGCUUCUGCCUCUCCCACUCCCCCUGCUUGUGUUCCCUCUCUCGCUGGUCUCUCUCUGUCAAAUAAAUAAAUAAUAAAUAAAUAUGCUUGACUUAAACUGCACAUAUUUUAAAUAUACAUUUUGAUGUUUUCAUACAUGCUUGCAUCCCUGAAGCUAAGUUCCUCCUGCCCUUUCAUCUUUUUCAACAUAUAUAAUUUUAUUAUAUGACGCCACCCAGGCGUCUCAGUCGGUUAAGCAUCUGCCUUCGGCUCAGGUCAUGAUCCCAGGGUCCUGGGAUCGAGUCCUGCAUCGGGUUCCCUGCUCCGCGGGGAGCCUGCUUCUCCCUCUGCCUCUGUCUCUCUCUCUGUCUCUCAUGAAUAAAUAAAAAAAAAAAUAAAAUCUUAAAAAAAAAUUAAAAUUAUAUAAGGAGAUAUUCUAGCUUUUGUAAUGGCUAUUUACAUAUAUAUCUGUGAAUAAGACUGUUAAGAAGUCCCAUUAACCCUAUCACAGUCUUCCAUCAUUAUAAUUUUCAUGGUUGGUCUUGAAUCCCCAUGCAUACUACUGGGUGUCAGUGCAUAACCUCUUAAUUUCCAAAAUGUCUGGGGCGCCUGGGUGGCUCAGUCGUUAAGCGUCUGCCUUCGGCUCAGGUCAUGAUCCCAGGGUCCUGGGAUCAAGCCCCGCAUCGG